AUGGCAGCUGACCCACCUCCUGUGGAGAGACUAUUAGGUGAUUACGGGGGAGCAAAUGCCCCGCCUGGAAGGAUGACAAUCGUGAAUCAACCAGUCAAUGUUGCCCACUUUCAACUUCACCCCUCAACGAUACGGCAACUAGAAAGGAGACCUUUCGCAGGAAAAAUUAACGAAGAUGCCAACAAGCAUUUGCAAAGGUUUCUGACUAUGACUACGUCGUUAAAGAUUGAGGGACAUUCUGAGGAAGCUAAGAAGCUGGUCAUGUUUCCGUUUACAUUGUCAGAAGAUGCUGAAGAGUGGUUCUACUCUUUACCUGCUGGAAGCAUCACAACUUGGCAACAGAUGGAGACAACUUUUCUCAACGAGUACUUUCCGGCCUCUGUGUACAUCCGAAAGAGGUACGACAUAGUGAAUUUUAAACAGAAGGAAGGAGAGUCACUUGGAGAUGCGUAUAAGAGGUUCAAACGAUUGUUGAAUUUUGUAAAUGGUCUUCGGCUGAAGACUAAGCAACUCAUUGACACAGCAGCUGGUGGCUCAACCAAUUUUACAACAGCCACUGGUAUUAAAAAGAUUAUCGAAGCCAUUGCAGCCAAUGAGCACCUGGAGUUGUAUGACCGCAGUGUUAGUCAACCCGAAGGGAUAAUUGACCUGAAAUUGGCAAACCAAGUGGUGAAGAUGGAAGAUCAAAUAGCAGCUGAAGUAGAAAGGAGACUGAAGAAGAUGGCUAUUGAUACCCAAACUGUUGCACAGGUUCAACAGGUUCAACCAACUCACACUAGUAAUUGCGAAAUUUGUGGAGGACCUCAUCUUACCGUACAUUGCGUUGCUACCGCACAACAAAUUGAGGAGAUCAAGUUUCUUAGGCAGAACAACCCUUAUUCAAACACAUACAAUCCGGGUUGGAAAAACCAUCCUAAUUUCUCAUGGAAGGAUCAACAAGGAAAUGUGCAACAACAACCGCAUCAACAACAGUUUCAGCAACAGGUACCAAGAAAAGCUGAUUGGGAGCUUGCCAUUGAGAAGAUGGCCGCUCAAAGCUCUAAAUUUCAAGAAGAGACUCGGAGUAAUUUAAAGAACACAAGUGCUUCAAUUAAGAAUCUUGAAAUCCAGAUGAGUCAGAUAGCCCAACAACUAGCGGGCUCUCCACAACAGGGAGUUUUACCAAGUUCUACGGUUACUAAUCCAAGAGAAAAUUAUCAUGUGAAUGCGGUGACCACCAGGAACGGUAAGUCAAAAGAAAUACCUGAGAAGAAUUCUGAAGAAGAAGACCUAUUGCUUGAAGUUGAUCUAGAGAUAAAAGAAAAUGAGGUUGCAAAUAAAGAGGUCACUCAUGAUGAACGAGUGGUUAAAGAUAAAGUGAUUGAUCAAAAACCGGCCGUCAAACUGCCAUUCCCAACAAGAAAUAAGAAGAAAGGGCAGCAUGAGAAAAACUUUGAGAAGUUCUUGGAAAUGUUUAAAAAGCUUGAGCUAAACAUUCCUUUCUUGGAGGCGCUUGAGCAAAUGCCUACCUACGCAAAGUUCAUGAAAGACAUCAUCUCGAAGAAGCGGACCAUAGAAACUAACCCGAUUAUUCUAACGGAAACUUGUAAUGCCAUUUUGCAGGGUAUGAAGGUUCCGGUGAAAAAGAAGGAUCGAGGUUCUCUGACCAUUCCGUGUGCCAUUGGAGAUAGAUCCUUCAAGAAAGCUCUAAUUGAUUUGGGAGCGAGUGUAAGUCUGAUGCCGCUGUCUAUCUAUAAGAAGUUGGGGAUAGAUGAAGAGAUACCAAUCAUUUUGGGGAGACCAUUUUUAGAGACCGGGAGAUGUUUGAUCGACAUGGAAGAAGGCACGAUGACUUUGAAAGUGUAUGAUGAAGAGUUAAAAAUUGAUGUGCGAAACACCAUGGAGUACAAGGAUGAUGUUGCCACUAGUCAACAUAUUGAGAUAAUUGAUCAAAUAUGUGAGAAGAAAAAUUGCUUGACAACACAAAAAUCACCUUUGGAAAGAGUGUUGAGUUUAUCAAUUUUUAACGAAGAGGAAAUAGUUGACGAGAAAGAUAUGGAAGUAGUAGCCAUGAUGGAAGCAUCACCACCUUUCAAAGGUUAUCGACACAACCGGUGGGAAGAUUUAAGGCAGCCCUUAGUGGAAGAAAAGAAAGAUGAACAAAAGAAGGGGACCGAAUUGAAACAACUACCGGAAAGCCUCAAAUAUGUAUUCCUAGACACAUAG